GCCACACCACCAGCAACCAGCCACCACCAGCGGCUGCAGUUACUGUUUCCGUACUCAGGCGAAGACCGGAGGUAAAGCAGCAGCAGCGAGGCCGUCGGAGCGGACAUUUCCCUCACACAGAGGCCACGCAGCAGACCCUCGCAUUUGACAGCACCCACAAACGCACACACAUACAGACAGAACCAUGAUGGAAUACUACCAGACACUAGGAGUCCAGAAAAAUGCUACGCCAGAGGACAUCAAAAAAGCUUACAGAAAAUUGGCAUUGAAGUGGCAUCCAGACAAGAACCCAGACAACAAGGAGGAAGCAGAGAAAAGAUUCAAAGAGCUGUCAGAGGCGUAUGAAGUGCUCUCAGAUGAGAACAAGAGGAAUAUUUAUGACCGAUACGGCAAAGAAGGCCUCUCAGGAGGAGGUGGAGGAGGAGGAGGCCAUUACGAUCACUUCGGCGGCAGCAGCUUCACAUUCCGUAAUCCCGAGGACGUUUUCAGGGAAUUCUUUGGCGGCAGAGAUCCAUUUGCAGAUUUUUUUGCUGAUGAUCCCUUUGACGAUUUCUUCGGAGGCAGUCGCAGCCACCACAGAGGUGCAAGCCGGAACAGGAUGGGCGGGUCGCUUUUUGGCUUUGGUAGCUUUCCAGCAUUUGGGCAUAGCUUCUCAGGGUUUGAUUCAGGUUUUAACUCAUUUGGAGACAUGGGCGGCGGCGGCGGAUUCACUUCCUUCUCUUCUUCAUCUUUUGGUGGCGGGGGAGGAGGAGGAGGAGGAAUGGGUAACUUCAAAUCUGUGUCGACCUCCACCAAGAUCGUCAACGGCAGAAAAAUUACCACUAAACGAAUCGUGGAGAACGGCCAGGAGCGGGUUGAAGUGGUAGAGGACGGUCAGUUAAAAUCCCUUACAGUUAAUGACAUCGCAGCCGAAGACCCCUUGGAGGAGGAGUUUCGUCGCCGCAGACAGAACGCACUUCCCGGCCUGCACCAGCGCUACCUGAGGAGCUCCGCCCAGAGCCCCUCGGAGGAAGAGGAGGAGCACGGCCUGCAGAGCCUGGGACUAAUGAGAGGACACACAGACAACAAGAGGAAGAAAAUGUGGAUAAAGGAGGCAGACUCCAAAAAGAAAAGAGCUCCUCGGCUCUUCCCUCGGUUCGGUGGACUUGGUGCCUUCUUUUAAACACUUACACACAUAAAUAUUUGUUGGCAGAAAUGCCAUCAAUCAUAUGCGGCAUUAGUUCAUCGUGGCUAUGUAUCAGAGGCCCAACAGCCCCACUGCUGCACCAUAUCUCCUCUUGUCUAUCAGCUGCAGCACAGAGCAUAGCGCCUGCCUGCCUGCCUGCCUGCCUGCCUCAUCAGCCAAACAGUAGCCUGCAGAGACCUCACUUCGAUGUUUUGUGUUGUCUGAGAUACAUUUUGGUAGCUUAGCUGUUGCUGUAUUUAUUGCGGGUGGGCCCCGUGGAUGUACAGUGCGCAUUCAGAACUUAAAUUAAUCUCUUAUGAUUGGACUUUUCCAGUUUUUACAGCAUGAUCUGAGAGCGUGUUCUUGUGUUUGAAGGGGUUCAGGUGGAAGGGGAAUUACCAUAGCAACCUUGUUUGUGAUAAGCAUGAAAAUUACCGCACUAAUACUGUAUAGCAUGUGAGAAUAAGUGAAGGUCAAGCUAUUCAGUGGAGCCUUCUUUCAAAACAGACAAAGAGGAAGAGGGAUAACUGGGGAAUGUGAGAGUAAAACCGAAUGAAAGCACUGAAGAGUGAGUUUUACUGCCGAGAGAUUAACAUGUUCCGCUCACUCCUACAUGAGCGCUGCUCAAUAACGUUAUCCGCUCAUUUACCUCCACUUCCACAGAGUGAAAACUCACAAUUAAUCCCUCUCAAAGUCUUUUUUUUAUAGGGUUCUUUGUAUCAAACAGAUUCAGCAACACAUUAACCUUCUAUGGGUGUUUUUGUAAAAAUUUCUUACACAGAAAGAAAAAAAAAACCCAAAGCAGUUUCCCUCAUCUGAUUUGUCCUUGACAGAUUGUUCUCAUGAUAACUGUGAGUGAAAAUGUGGAAAUGUCUGAGAAAUGUUCAUUUUUUAUGGACUCUUACCAUUAAAUGCUUAAAGAAAAACCUUUUCACCAAA